AUGGACUCUAUUCAAGAUAGAGAGCAUCUUGUUUCUUUGCAAGAAAUAAGUUUGAUUUUACAAACUGAUUUUGAAAUGGGUUUAAAACAAAAAUAAGUUGAAUAGAAUCUUAAAAAGUAUGGUGAAAAUGUUAGUUCAGUGAAUACAAAAAGCAAAUCGUUUUUAAUGAGAAUACUGCUAUAAUAAUUAAAUCUUUAAAAUAUCAUUUUUUGGAUCUGUGGUUUGUUAUCGAUAGUAAUUUACUUAGUUGAUCGAAAUGACCUAAGCAAUUUGUACAUUGGAAUUAUAAUAAUUAUAAUCAUAGUAUCGAUUAGCAAACUCACUGAUUACUUGACGCAAAGAAAUAAUAGGAUUUAAAAAGCAAUUUAACAAAAAGGUGAAGCAACAUAUGUUGUUAUGAGAGAUAAUAAAUAGGUGGUCAUUUAGGAAAGCUAGAUUACAAUAGGAGAUAUUAUGUUUAUUUAAGCAGAUCAGAGAAUUCCAGCUGAUGCAAGAGUUAUAGAGGCAAGUUAAUUAGAAGUUAAUUAAUAUGCCUUAACAGGAGAGACUUUACCUGUAAAAAAGGGGGUUUUACUAGAAUCAUAGUCUUAAGAAAAGCUUAAUUCUCAAAAUUUACUUUUUGCAGGGGCAAUUGUAGUUGCAGGAGUUGCAAAAUGUGUGGUUUUUGCAGUUGGAAAAAAUAAUUUAAUUUAUAAGCUAGGAAAAGAUUAAAGUAGAAGUUUUAAAAACUAUAAUCUAAAUAAAAUAACUACUAAAUUCAUCAUAAUAGCUUUAAUUUCUGCUACUAUAUCUUAAAUCUUACUGCUAUCUUUUACUGAUAUUGAAUUUUUGCACAGCUUGCAAAUGACUUUGUGCAUUAUUUUCAUUUUCAUUCCUUUUACUUUAUAAGCAAAGCAUCAAAUAUAUCUUCAGAACUCUUUAUAAAUUUUGUAAGACCAUAAUAUUCUUAUUAGAGAUGCUAACGCUCUUAAAAAUGCAGCAAAUAUCACAUGUCUUUGUGCAGAUUAUGGAGCUCUUGUUAAAAAGAGAUUUGGAGCAUCUCAUAUUUGGCAUAGUUUGCAAACAUUUAAAGCUAAUGCAAAUGACAAACAAGAAGAUGAAUUUAAGAUAUAUUAAAAAGAAGAUCAAGAUUUUUAGAUUCUUUAUCAAGCAGCAAUAAAAAGCUAAUUUAAUUUGGAAGUACUUCAAAAUUAGCGCAGAAUUAUUUACUCAUAUCAAAUUAUUUAAAAGAAUUUAAGAGACUAUGGACUUUAUAAGUUUUUGAUAAAAGUUGAAGAUUAUCAGAAGGUCUUAAAUAGCUUUACAUUUGCAAAAAAGAAAGAUGGUUAAGUAGCUAAAUUAGAUAUUGUAGGAAAUUACUCGCUGGUCAUAGUUGAGGAAGAGACUGAAAAUAGUUUUUAUACUGCUUAUUUACAAGGCUAGCCUUAAGUUAUUAUAAAAUUUUGCUCUUAUUAUUAUUUAAAUGAGAAAAGAUUAUCAAUUGAUGAAAAAUUCAAAGAAGAAUUUAAAAAGGUAAAUGAAUAAUUUCAAACUGUUUGUGUAGAAUCGAUGGCAUUUGCUAAAUUAUCAUUGAAUAAAGAAAUUUUUAGGAAAGGCACUGAAUUUGAAUUUAUUUCUGUUGAGAAUUUACCAUUUUAAGUUGCCAAUCUAGAUUUUUGUGGUUAAAUUGCUUUUUCUCAUGAUGUUAAGUCUAAGCUUUAAUUAACUUUUGAGACAAUUAGGAAAAUGGAUAUAAAAACAGUAUUGCUUUCUGAAACUGAUUAAAUUAGUUCUUUGAAAAUAUCUCAAGCAUCAGGAAUAAUACCAAAGGAUAUUGAAUUCAACUAUGUAACAGGAUAAAUUUAACAGCAAAAUAAUUCAAAAAAUCAACAAAUAGUUUUUGGAGGAAAAUAAUUAGCAAGUUUAGAAAAUAAUUAAAAUGAAGAAUUUAAUAUCUAAAAGUUGGUCAAAAAUCCUUUCAUUGUUUUUCAUAGUCUUUAAACACAAGACAAAGGUCCAAUACUAAGUGCUUUCAGGCAAAAUAAAGAGAUUAUAGCAACUAUUUCUAACUUUACUGGAGAAACUGAAUACCUAAAAUACUCAUAAGUUCCUAUUUCUAUGGGUCUAAAUGGAAGUGAUAAAGCAAAGGAAUAAUCUCUAAUUAUUCUCUUAGACGAUGAGAUUAAAUCUAUCAUAGUUUUGAUUAGGGAAGCAAGAAAUAUUUAGAAUAAUCUUGCAAAAAUAGUGUCUGAAAGUUUAUCUUUGAUUUGGAUUGAAACAAUCGUCAUCCUAUCUUACCUUAUAUUUUAACUCCCUCUUCCAUUAUCGAGUUUAUGUCUUUUAGCUAUUGAAUUUAUAAGCGAUAUUCUUCCUACAUUCAACUUAGCCAAUGCCAAGCCAAAAGAAGAAUCUAAAAAAAUGUGUAAAAAGUAGUUAAACCCAUUUUCUAGGAAGGCGAUAAUCAACUCUUUCUUUUCUCUAAGAGUUUCAUUAGCUCUUCUUCUAGGCUUUGCUUGUUAUUUUUACACUUUUGCAUACUUUGGAUUUGAUAUAAUAAGUUUGUUUGGAAUAACUAAAAUAGACGGAUAUAAGCCUCCUAUCAAUAUAAAAAACAAAACAGAGUCAAAAAAAGUGAAAGACCCUUACUUUAAUGAUAAUCUUUAUUAAAUAGCUGCAGACUGUACUCUAAACGAAGAUCAAUCAAAUAAAUUAAAAUUUGAAAUAGACUGGUUUGAUUCUUAAUUCGAUUACGACCUAAGAAAUGUUCUUUUAAAAUGUGAUCCUGUUAGUAAAAAGUGGUCUCCUAGCAUCAAAUGGGAUAAAUGUCAAUUUAAACCAACAGACACUAUAAAAAACCCAUGUUAUACAACCCAUGCUCUAUUUUGGGCUCAAGCAUCAUUUCUGGUGGCAUUUACAGUCAUAUUUUUCACCAUGAAUUUGAUUCAUUGA